CUUGGCAACGCCGGCCACUCGAACAUUUAAUAUUUAAUUACGCCGGUUGUCAUUGCAUUUACAAAAAUUCCCCUCAAAUCUCAUCAUUUUUUAAGUACCGUUACAUAACAGUGUUGGAAAACAAUCAGUUCAACAUGACCUCACAGAAAAUUGCAGUGGUUACUGGCAGUAACAAAGGUAUUGGCUACGCUAUAGUGAAAGGCUUGUGCGAAAAAUUUGAUGGGUCAGUUUAUCUUACGGCCAGAGAUGAAAACAGAGGAAAAGAUGCUGUAAAAAAACUGAAUGAACUGGGUUUCAAACCCCUGUUUCAUUUGCUCGACAUCAACAGCCAGGACAGUGUCAAUCAAUUCAAGGAUUACCUUAAAUCAUCUCAUGGCGGCAUUGAUUUAUUAAUCAAUAACGCGGCAAUUGCAUUCAAGCAUGAUGCCACUGAACCAUUUGAGGUACAAGCUAAAGAAACAGUAUCAGUCAACUAUUUCAGCACUCUGAGAGUCUGUGAGGCAUUGUUUCCUUUGCUGAGACCGAAUGCAAAGGUUGUCAAUGUGUCCAGUUCUGCAGGACACCUGUCAAGAAUUCCAUCAGCUGAUUUACGGGCCAAAUUUAGUGAUCCUGAACUAACAAUUCCCAAUUUGAACAAACUUAUGGAAAAGUUUAUCAAUGAUGCCAAAGAAGGUAAAUAUAAGGAAGAGGGUUGGGGUGAAAGUGCCUAUGUUGUCUCCAAAGUGGGAGUCACUGCUCUGACAAUAAUUCAACAAAGGACCUUUGAUAAGGAAGAACCCAAUAGAAAUAUCGCCGUUAAUGCAGUCCAUCCUGGAUAUGUUGACACAGACAUGACAAGUCAUAAGGGACCACUUACAAUUGAAGAAGGAGCUAGAGCUCCUCUAUAUCUGUCUCUGGAGGCGGAUUUGAAAGGAAAAUAUGUCUGGUUUGAUUCUCAUGUUGUUAACUGGUAUGGUGAUGAGGUUCCUAGCAGUUAAAUUAAACAAUAGUCACGCUUCACGUAGGCCUUGCAGCUGUGCAUUUUAUAAAGUAUAUGAAUAAAUGUUAUAUUUCUCUAA